AUGGCCUUGAUACCCGAGGUCGAGAGGGAAUUACUACUCACUUCGGGGACUACCUCAGGGAGCUGGACCUUAUUCACGGGCGGUGCCUCUAACGCGAAGGGGUCUGAGCUCGGUCUAGAACUGGCUAGGAGCCUAGGGGACGGAGUAAUCGAGGCCAAAUGCGACUCUCUCCUUAUCGUAAAUCAGGCCAAUGGAACAUUCGAACACGUACCUCGAGAUCAGAAUAGUGAGGCCAAUGCACUAGCCAACUUGGGGUCGUCUGUCGACUCCGAUGAAUUCGACUCGGGGGAAGUGGUACAACUGAUGAACUCGGUAGUAGAAGAAGGUAACGCUAAGAGACUGACCGAUUCGAAAGGAAAGUGGAAGGAAAUCUUCCCCGAAGUCUUGUGGGCAUACCAUAUGACUUCGAAACCAAGUACCGGAGCGACCCCGUUCUCUCAAGUCUACGGUGCGGAAGCCUUUGACGAGGUGGAAGAAUCGAGCCUCGGGUUCCAAUAUGCUACCGAAAUGUCAAACAACGAGGCCAUGACUACGAGUUUGGACUUAUUAGACGAAAGGCGGGAAGCCGCCCUGGUCCAGUUGGCCACCCAAAAAUAG